CUUUUCUUCUCACCAAACAGAACACAAAAAUUUGAAAAUAGAAUCAGGAAAUUGCAUAAAUAAAGUAAACUAUUCAACAUGUUACAAAAUGAUCAAAUAAAAAUUAUAAAACAAAUUUGGACGGAAUUGCACAAUAAACCUGGUGUGUUUAAAUAUAAUUUGAACAUCCUUAGCCGAAAGUGUUUACAGGGAAAAUACAACAUUUAUACCGAGUUAAACCCGGAUCGAGCAAAGCUUCGUCGCAUUCCACAAGUUAUUCCAUCGCUAUUCACCAAAUUUGAUCACAACAAAUUCAAUUUUAGUCAAAUCAAACCCGAUGAAAAACUAUUGGACAUUCCAUUCGAAGAUGUUGUUGUUUCAUUUAUUAUCAACCAAAGCCCACUGACCGUAUAUCAUUCGUUGAUAUGUCCUGAUUUAGAAAAAUGUCAACCUCAGUUGAUUACAGAAAAUAGUUUGAAGUUCUGCAUUGAGUUCCUGCUGUAUACAGAUGAAACGGGUUUUCGAAUUGGUUACAAUAGUCCUGGAGCUUUAGCAUCUGUGAAUCACUUACAUCUUCAUCUGUUAUAUUUGGAUUGCGAUAUCUUUAUUGACAAUGCGGAACUUGAAGUAAUCGGAAAAAGUGGUGCGUACAGAUUCAGCAAAACAAUGCCAACUGAAGCUAUUUGCUAUUUAAUCGAUGAUAGCAAUAAACAAUCUAUUCUGAAGACAAUUUAUGAGUUGAUUAAAUUUAUGUGUCAUCACAAUAUACCACAUAAUAUAUUUAUAACACGUGAUAGAACACAGACGAAUAAGAGGCUUAAAUUAUUCAUCUACGCUCGAGAUCAGCAUUACAUAGUCAAAGAUACAACUGUACUGAAUGCAGGAUUUUGUGAAUUCAGCGGUUAUGUUACAGUCGGAGAUAGCGAAUUGUUCAACAGCCUAACAGAGGAAAAAGUAUUCGAAAAACUAAAAAGUGAAAGUGCGAAUGUAUAUACUUUAAUAUACAAAUAUUUGAAUGAAUUGUAAUUGAACUAUAUUAUUACAUAAAUAAAAUAAUUUAAUUAUUAUCUACAGAAAAACAGAAA